UCUAUAUCCAUUCUAAACACAUAAUAAUUCACCUUUUUUUUUUUUUCUGUAAUUAUACAUGAUGAAUUCAAAAGCAGAUUUGAAAACUGCAAGAGAAGCCAUUGGAAAAAAAGAAUUUAAUGAAGCAGUCAAAGCAUGCAAACGUGUAUUAUUAUGGGAGGGCGAAAACUACAACGCAUGGGUAUUUUUAGGUGUUGCUUAUACAGGUCUUGAAAAUGAUGAAGAGGCAGAAGAAGCUUAUAAAAGAGCGAUUGAAAUCAAUCCAGAAACCAUGCUGGCUUGGCAAGGUCUUGUCAGUUUUUAUGAAAAGCGAAACAAACAAGAUCUUUUAGCAAAGACGAUUAAUCAACUGAUACCACGACUUAUUAAAAAUGGCGAUGGAGCUAGAUUAACAGACUAUUUAAAAAAACUUUUAAAAGUUUACAAGGAUCAACAAGACGAAGAUCGACAUCUCGAGUUAUUAAAGUCAUUUUUUUUACCUCUUAGUCCACAUUAUGAUCUCAUUAAAGAUCAGCCCGAUUUACCGCCUCAAAUUGAAAUCUGGAAGACCAUUAUUGCAAAAAUUGAAAAGGAACAGGAACAACAGAUACAACAAGAAGUAAAAUCGAGACGAUUUAGAAUGAAUGCAGGAACACCAGCUCAAAUCUUGAAAGAGGUGGAAGGCGAAGUUUAUGCAUUGUCUAAAUUAGAUCGCAUGUACGAAACUGUAUUAGAAUUACUAACAUCAGAUGAUAAAGAAGAACGAGAGUUUUGGGAAUUAAGGUUGUUACAUUUAUAUUCCAAAAGGUUAUUAGGGGUUGAUAAAGAGCACAAAGCAGAGGUAUAUGAAAAAAUGAUAUCUUUAGCAAGAAAAUUAAAAUCUACACAAGAUUCAUUACCUCUUCAACUUCUAAUUGAAUUUAAUAAUGUUGGUUCACCAGACAAAUAUAACUGGGAAUUAUUAAAUGAGUUAAUCGAUCGAUUUCCUGAUAAUGGGUUGGCUAAACUCGCCAAAGGCUAUCAACUCUAUAAAUCUGACAAUAUGGAUGAAGCUUUCAAUUAUUUUAGUGAGGGGCUUGAUUUGGUACCCAAUAGUUUAUUUGGACAUCUUUGUGUCAGCCAAAUCUAUUAUGAAUCUAAAGAAUACGAAACAAGUUUAGAAUAUGCGACUCAAGGAAGAGAUUUAGCCAGAAAAAUCAAAUUAGAGACUGGAUAUUCUAUGAUGAAUGCAGUGACUUCAUUAGAGAUCUGUAUGGCUCAUUGUUAUCGAUUACUUGAUAAAAAAUAUCACGGAGAUGCUAUGACACUUUAUAAGCAAAUUUUGCAAAGGAAUCCGGAUGAAGUCGAAGCAUUAGAGGGCACAGGUCUUAUUUUAAUUGAAGAAAGGAGAUGGGACGAGGCAAUGGAAAAAUUUAAGAAAAUUAACGAGGAACUAGAUCCUUUAAAUCACAAAGCAAUUAUUGAAUUAGGCUGGAUUUGCUAUGAAAAAGGAGAUUACGAGUCAGCUAUUCAGUAUACAACAAAGGCAAUUGAAAUGGCAAAUAACAUAGCUGAUUACUAUUAUCGUCUUGGUCGUAUAUAUUGGUCUAUGGAAGAUACUGGAAAUGCCUUCAACUAUUUCAUGCAAGCAGUCAAGUUAGAUCCUUAUUUUGCUAGCGGAUUCACUUACUUGGGUCAUUAUUAUCGAGAGAUAAAGAAAGAUCAUGGCAGAGCUAAGAAGUGUUAUCAAAAGGCAUAUGCACUAAAUACUUUAGAUUCGGAUGCUGCCUUCCAUUUAUCAGAUUAUUUAGUUGCUGAGCAUGAAGAAGAUAAAGCAGAAGCUAUUUUUAUUCAAAUGACUGAAUCAUGUCCUAAAGUAGGUUGGGCUUGGAGACGAAUGGGCUAUAUUCAUAUGAAUACACAUUCAUAUAAUGAAGCGAUUGUAUGUUUUCAAAAAGCUUUACGUACAGAUACAAGUGAUGUGCGAUGUUGGGAAGGGCUUGCUGAAUCCUAUUCAAAAGCAGGACGUUAUGUAGCAUCACUUAAAGCCUUUCAACGUGCCACUCAACUUGACCCAACUUCCAUUCAUGCUCAUCAUGAACAAGCUACAGUACAACAGAAGGUUGGUCUUCUCGAUGAUGCUAUUCAAGGAUUUCAAAAGACACUUCAACUUGCUGAACAGCAAGAUAAACCCAAUUAUAUUCCUAGCUUAGUAGGUCUUGCAGAAGCCUAUCUUGAACAUGCAAAAGAAGAUUUUCAAGCUGGUUUCUUUGGCCGCUCCUCUGAUGGUUGUCAUCAUGUUCUUACUACAUGUUUGAAAGGUAUUAAACAAGAUGCAACCGUCUUGAUGUUUUGGAAAUUGAUAGGUGAUGCCUGCAUGUUUUAUCGACAGAUACCACAACAUGUGAUAGAAUGUAAUUUUGAACUACUUCAGGCGAUAAUUCAUUUGUCAGACACGAUAGAUCCUCUUAAGUUAAAUAAUGAUAUGACGCAUCAUUGGUUAAAUGAAUUUUUAUCUCUUGAAGAUGUAAAUAGCUUAGAUGGUACUGUAGCCCUGACCAUCGUCUUUUCUUGUGCUGCUUAUGCUUACAAACAAGCCAUUGUAUUGUCUAAAAAUCAUCAAGCGAUUGCACCAGCUUAUUGGCAUGAUUUAGGUUUUGUCUAUUAUCAACUUGGCUUAUUAGAACCUACAACAUCAUCUAUAGAAUUAUCUAUUCGAUGUGUACAAGUGGCUCUGAAGCUUGAGCCUAUUGAAUCCAUGUACUGGAACACACUCGGUGUGAUUGCGAUGAGUCAGAAAGAAGAUCAAAAGAUGUUAAAAAUGGCACAAUAUGCUUUUAUUAAAGCAAUGGAGUUCAAUAAUAAAAGCGCCAUUCCUUGGACUAAUUAUGGAUUCCUUUGUUUAACCUGUAAAGACUAUGAAUUAGCAAAUCAAGCCUUUGAAAUGGCACAUGGAUUAGAUCCUGAAUGGAUCUCUGCCUGGGUUGGACAAGCUUAUGCUGCGUCACUUUGGAAGACAGAUGCAGGAGAUCUUUUUGAGCAUGCAUUUAUGUCAAACGGUUCCUCAAAUGCACUUGCAACCAUAGAGGCUAGUUAUGGUUAUGCCUCUACCGUUUAUUAUCAACACCCUAAUGAUAGUAAUGCAGUUGUCAUGGCUAUUUUUGCACUUGAAAAAUUAACACAAAAGGAAAACAAAGAUGCUGUAGCUUUAAAUUUAUUAGGAUUAUUAUUAGAGCGUUUAGGACAAUAUGAAAGAGCUGCUGAAGCCUUUGCGUCAGCUAUCCUUGCUUUAGAGUCCAAUUCACAGGAAGAAAAUAAGGAUGAACGACUUUUUAAGGUACAUGCUAAUUUAGGUCGUGUCCUUUGUGCAGCAGGUGAUUUUGAAGGAGCCAUUCGUAUCAUGGCUAAUCAUGCUGGAGAUACAUUGAGUGUGUAUUCACAAUUAAAUGCUGGUAUUGCCUAUUAUUUCCUUGAUAAAUUACCAGAGUCACUAUCCAUGUUUGAAAUGGCGCUGAAUGCAACCGUAGAUGACAUUGAAUUACGACAAGAUGUGAUUGUAUUACUAAGUAAAGUACUAUGGGCUUUAGGUGGAGAAGAACAAAGAUCAGUUGCAAAAGAUCAAUUAUUUUCUUGCAUUACCGAGAAUCCAACUUAUUUACCAGCUAUUUUCUCUUUAUGUGUCAUGGGUAUACUUGAAGAUGAUGAAACACUUACAACAGCUGCUUUACAAGAAUUAGCUAAAGUACCUGCCCAUGUUGCAUAUGAGUCGGACAAAGAACAAUUAAUUUCUUGGUUAUUUUCAAAAUUCUAUAAACUCAAGAAUAUAGGAUCUAUGCGUGCCUUGAUAAAAAGUGUUCAUCAAACACCUUGGUUAGGCUUAGUUUGGUCUCGUUUAAGUAAAGAAAUGGUAGACAAUGAUCAUUCGAUAAAACAAGUGAUUGCUUCUAGUUCACUCGUUAUGUCACAUAAAUCAUAUAUUGCACGUUUACAAUCAGAAGCUUAUGAGUAUGCUGCUUUAGCAAAUAAUCAAGAUCAAGCAAAGUCAAAGAAAUAUGCUCAAAGGUCAAUUAUGAUGGCACCUUGGCGUUUAGAUGCUUGGAAAACUCUAAACAGUAUCUAAUUUAAGAAAAAAUAAAUAAAAUUAUGACGUUUUUUUUUUCUGUUACACCGCAUAUACGGAAAUUUUAUAUAAAAUGGAAC